AAAGCUCGUAUGAGGUUAUUGUAGCGAGUUGGGAAGAGGUGAAAUACUCCAAACGACAAUAGCAACGAUGGGUUUAAAAAAGGCGCUGAAAGCGCUUGAAAUCCUUGAGAAGCCAGAAGCCAUACUUAACCGGAGACUUCAGUGUAACCCAUAUUAUCCGUUUAAAAUGGUUGAAGGAAACAAGUUCAUUCUUACUCUAAGUAGAAAACGAUUUUACAUUGGAACUCUUACGGCCUUCGUUUCCAUGGUUACACUGAUUACUUGGGGAAUUGCACUUGAGGCCAGCCAAUACAUGUUAUUUCCCAUCCUUGUGGGUGGUAUAUCAGCUAUCGUGGCAUGGGAGAACAGAGGACACCGCACAUGCGUGUUAGACGGAGAACGUGCGCAGUACAUGUGUGUAGUUGGAGAACAUUCUGUGGAGAAUGGCAACUUCCAUAACGUUUAUAUUAGACUUAAAGCACAAAAGCACGGGGCGGGUGAAAUGUACUAUUAUGUCGUAUUUAAUGGAUUCCACGUGACGGAACAAAAAAUUACAUCUUAUUCCAAGAACGAUAAGAAGCUGCGUGUUCUGGCAAAGAGGCUCGCGGAAAAUCUUAAUCUUAACUAUUUUGAUGUAAAAGCCAGCUCAAGGGACCACGUUAUCCGACACCGUCCUGUGGUUGAUGUCCCAAAUGUUAACAAUGGCGAAUGCAAUAUUGGCCAGCCUGUGUAAUCCACCUUAUAUCAUGACAUUCGGAUCUUAUCCUCUGUUUGAUUUAAAUCUGAUAAAUUCCCUCAAUUUAGUUUCAACAAAGCGUUUAACUUUCUUCCGAUGUUUCUUCCGAUCAUAUUCUGCUGGUAAUUUGGGUAAACUAAGCAAGCUGCAAUGAAGCUGAAUUAUUUUUAUCGGAGAAAAAAUUAAAGUGUAAGACAAUAGCAUGGCUGGAAUAAGAAAGAUGAGAGAUUCUGAGCUAGGUAGAGAAAUUACUUUUUGUCUUGUUCGAGAGGCAUGGGAACCUAUGUGUUCCAUACUUGUUACUUAGAACAAGAAAACAAGAAAAGUAACUACAACAAAAUCAGUUUGUAUGCUCAUUUAUUUUCCUUGUGAAUUACUAACCGGUCAUACAAUCAAUACUUUGUCGUUCUGUUUUACCCCAUCUCUGCCUGAAAUGACAUUUUUGCAAGUUUCUAAAAUCAACAAUAACUGACAUGGACAUUCACAGGUUGGUUGGGUGAAAAAACGUGUAAUCAGUUUUGAAGGAGAGAGUUAACUCUAAGACCAUUGCAUUGAUUAUUGCACGUAAUGUAACUUAACAAGAAUGUGGCCGAUAUAAAAAGACAGCUAUGUUUAAAACUGAACAUAAACAUCACAACAAACUCUGCCUCCGUCGU